AUGUUGGUCCUAGCAAGACCACGCUCUGCGACUGUUGCAGCGAUACGUCGACCCCCGCCCGUCAUCGCUUUACGCCAUCGGCUCCGGCACCGGCACCGGGCAUUCUCGACGUCUCUCAACAUCUCUAAUUCUCAUAGACGAUCGCAGGAUUUCAACUCGGGCUUUACCAGCAGCUAUGACCCAGGGCAGGACUCUGGGCGGGGGCCUAUGUUUAGUAAGGCGAGCUUCGGUGUCCCCCAAUUUUAUCCUCGCGACCUCAAGCAACGAGUCGACGAGUACGUCGUCGGCCAGGAUCGCGCCAAGAAAACAAUCUGCUCUGUCAUCUUCAACCACUAUCAAGGCCUCCGGCGCCGACAGCAUUACGAGAUACAAGACCAGCACCUCCGGGAGAAGCUGGAGCGCCAGCAGUUCUCAAGAGACCGGGACCUACAUGAGAGAACGGGCUACCAUGACGGCCACAUGCACCCUGUUGAGGACGAGUUUCCUGGCCACCAUGACUCUGUCAGGUCGAUAAACUCGGGUCGCAUGGAGCCCGCCGAUAACUUCUACCCGCCCGAGGACACCACUAUACCGCAGCAUGUGAAGAUAGACAAGAGCAACUUGCUGCUUCUAGGACCGACUGGUGUUGGCAAGACAUACAUCCUCGAAACCCUAAGCAAGAAAAUCAACGUUCCCUUUACGAUUAGCGACUGCAACUCCUUCACGCAAGCCGGCUAUAUCGGCCAGGACGUCGAGGCUUGUAUCGAACGCCUCUUCGUCGAGUCCAACUAUGACACCAAGGCGACAGAACAUGGAAUCGUGGUACUGGACGAGUUUGACAAGAUCGCGAGGAGGGAAACCGUCAAUGGCAGGGACGUUAGCGGCGAGGGCGUCCAGCAAGCUCUCCUCAAGCUUGUUGAAGGCACAAAAGUCACGAUCAACGUCAAGGAGAAUCGGUCGUCCCGCUCUGCGACCCCUAUAACAAGCAACUACGGCUCCGGGCCUAGUGCAGGUCAGCCCGGCGCCCCUGCGGGCAAGGUUGAUCAUCAGUACACCAUCGACACGACUAACAUCCUCUUCGUCUUCUGUGGUGCAUUUGUGGGAUUGGACAAGGUCGUUCUCAAGCGAGUCUCGAAACCAACUAUGGGCUUCGGAUCCGAGCUGCGAGGUGGGCGGACAUCCUCCUUAUCUGGCAGCAAGGAUGUCCUACCGCCGGAGAUGUACUCACAUCUUCCCCACCGACCUGCCUUAUUACAGGGUCUACACACAGACCAGUCCAGCGGCGCGUUCACGCCGCUGGAUUUGACCACGCCGGCCGAUCUCCAGGCCUUUGGAUUCAUCCCGGAGCUAAUCGGGCGACUCCACAACAUCUGCGCCCUCACGCCGCUCUCCCUGGACGAGCUCUACCGCAUCCUCACGGAGCCCCGGAACAGCCUCGUUGCGCAGUACACGGCGCUCUUCGAGACCUACCCCAGCAGGCUGCUCUUCACGCGGCGCGCCCUCUACGCCAUCGCCGAGCGGGCGGCCAAGAACGAGACGGGCGCGCGCGGCCUGAAGAUGGAGAUGGAGCGCGUGCUCGCCGAGCCCAUCUUCAACUCGCCCACGCCCUACGUGCUCGUCACCGAGGGCUGCGUCAGGGGCACCGAGAAGGCCGGCUACUGGGGCAAGGACGGCCGGCUCGAGGUCGAGAGGCGGAUGCAGGAGGAGGACGCGAGGGACGGCGGCCGGCCCGCGGCGGCGGCGGAGACGACGACGACGACGACGUUUGAGCAGUUCCGGGAGGCUGGGCAGAGCGGCGCUUGA